AUGUUAGCUUGCGGUGCAUGCAGGGAGCGCUGCUUGCAAGCGCUUGUUGGGACAUCUAUCAUUUCGACUUCUCCUCGCCCGCUCAUCGCUUCCACUCCCACCAAAGUACCCCUUACACAAUGUUAUUCACAGUCCAGAAACGUGGUGAACCGCCGGUCCAGGAGGCCUUCCGAUAUUUCCUCUGACCGAAGAAAGCAUACCCCUUGGUUGACCGAGAAGACCCAGAAGAACCAUUACGGCGGACAUGCUGAUGAUUAUGGAAGGAGACCAGCAAUUGAGUAUACGGGUGGCGUUCAGCUUCGGCGCAGAGAUCGUAAGCUGGCAAAUACUAUGGGCAAUGUCUUGGAGAAGCACCCGGCUUAUGGAAAUGAUCCCCUGAAACUUGCCGAGUUUGUGCGGAAAGCGUUGAGGGGCGAUGACUUCGAUACUGCUGCAGCGGUCGUUCGAGCUGCCAGUAAACAGAUCCAAUGUACCGUCAGUUGGAAUCAUUUGAUCGAUUGGGAGAUGACCAAAGGCAGGAUGAACGCUGCUCUGAAAACAUAUAAUGAGAUGAAGAAACGUGGACAAAUUCCUGAUUCGCAUACUUUCACUAUCAUCAUUAGGGGCUGCACCGAGCACAGAGACGUACAAGCUGCUCUGGGUAAAGUAUUGGCGAUAUUUCAGAACAUGCAGACCGAUAAAUCACCCGUCAAACCAAACACAAUACAUCUCAACGCCAUCAUAAAGAUGUGUGCUCGUGCUCGGAAUAUGGACGCCAUGUUUGGAAUUGUGGCCCAGAUGCCAGACAAAGGACCAGCGUCGCCAAAUAAUUUAACGUUCACCACAAUCAUCAACGCUCUGCGAAUCGAUGCAGCUGAUGAUACCAGAAAGGAUUUGACCCCUAUGCAAAAGAGACAGAAUACCGAGGGGGCAAUUCUCAACGCGAGGCAUCUCUGGAAAGAUAUUAUCCAACGUUGGCGCUCGGGGGGGUUCUGGAUUGACGAGGAACUUGUCUGUGCCAUGGGCCGUUUGAUGCUUCUCGGCCAGAAUCAGGAUAGGGAUGACAUACUCUCAUUGAUUGAGCAGACAAUGAAUAUUCCCCGCCAAGUCCCCCAAUCAAACACUUCACAGCGAAUGGAAUCUGCGAGUCAGAUGACUCAAGAGUCCGAAAAUGCAAGAGCUGGGCCAAGAGGAACAUCUGCAAACCCGGAUGAAGACUCUGCUGCGUCAUCAUCAGACGCAUUCAUGGCUGUCACCCCUCCCAAAUCAUCUCCACCGGGGCAAUCGGCAGGAGUGUACGCAAAGCCAGGACGGAACACAUUAUCACUCGUGCUAUCGGCACUGUCCUUGAUCAAAGCCAAAGAAGCUGCCGAUAAAUACUGGCAAAUUUUCGUCUACAACAAAAAAGUUAAACCUGACGUCGAAAACUACCACGCCUACCUCCGCGUCCUACGCGUGUUCAGGGCAAGUUCUCAAACCAUAGAGCUCCUUCAAUCAAUGCCUUACGGCGACAUGCGUUCCUCAACCUUCCGCAUAGCCAUGGCUUCUUGCGAACGCGACAAGAGGAACCCCAACGCCUUCGCCAACGCCGGUAAGAUACUCGACAUAAUGACCAACGCUCUCCAAGUCCCCGAUAUCCGCGUGCUAGCAACCUACCUCGAUAUCGCCACUUCCGCAGCCACCUCCUCAGACGGACUCACGCUCUCCCGCGUCGAACAAGGAAAGAAAAUCAUGCGUGCCCUCGAACGCCUCAGCCCCUCUUUCAUCAACGUGAAAUCCUUCUACCUAUUCGGCGAACCGGAAAGAGAUCAGAACCCCGCCGAACGGGCCGAGUAUCGCGAAUCCGUGCUCCUGCUGACCCGCCGCAUGAUUGCCGCCUACGGCAUCAUCAUAGACAAAGAGCUCGUCGAGCGCUCACGGUUCCCUGACCUGCAGUCUCAGCGCUCCAAGCUUUCUGCUUUCGUAACGCGGCAAAAGGAGCAAGAGCAGCGGAGCUACAUCAAGAAAGGCGACAUCGAGGAACUGCCAGACCACCUUCUGCAAUACGUGUAUAGACACCGCUUAAAUAAACGAAUGGUGAACUCGCAACUUAGACCCGAACAGUGGCAGAGAUUCAAGGAGAGGAUGCAGCGAGAAUAUGACGCAGAGCUGAAACUUGCUGAAGCCGCGCAAGAGAUGCAGGGGGAGUCAACUAAUAGCCAGGAGUUGGAGGAGAUUGCCGAGGAAGAUCGACGGGCCGCCGAAGCUGUCGCCAAAGGUAUCUUCGCGGAACCCAAUGGAAAAUCUGCCUCCAAACACAGGCAUAUCAGUUAA